GGGAAGCCAGAAGAAGAAGAAGAAGAAGCAAGCUUCUGACUUCCGCCUGGCUGGGUCGGUGUGAUCGUGACGUGUAUAACCGAGGAUUCCUAAAAUUUUACAGCUAGGUCGUUAAUAUGAAGUUAGCCCCAUUUUGUCACCGAUGAUAUGAAGUGAUUUACAAAAGGCAAAUUAAAGCGAAAACUGUGGUCAGUAUCUUUGGAAGCCAUAAUGGCUCUCAUGGUCGGCGGAGGAGACCGACGGGCUGAUAGAAAUCAGGUGAUGUCCUUCUGCUUUCUGCUCUCCGCCGUGUUGUUGCUGUCGCUCGGAGUUGCUGCCGUUCCCGAGGAGAACCCGCCGGUCCAAGAGCAACCCCCACAAGAGAAAGCAGCAAGUCCCCAUCCAAUAGGCCCAGCAGUUUCUGAAGAUGUUCCCAAAGAAGGAAACACGGGUUUCAUCCAUGCUUUUGUGGCCUCUUUCUCUGUCAUCAUCGUCUCUGAGCUGGGAGACAAGACAUUUUUCAUUGCAGCUAUCAUGGCCAUGCGUUACAACCGCCUCACUGUGCUGACAGGUGCCAUGCUGGCCUUGGGAGUGAUGACUUGUCUUUCUGUGCUGUUUGGCUAUGCCACCACCGUCAUCCCUAGAAUCUACACUUACUAUGUGUCCACCGCUCUGUUUGCCAUCUUCGGUAUACGCAUGCUGCGAGAGGGGCUGAGGAUGAGUGCCGAUGAAGGCCAGGAGGAGCUGGAGGAGGUGCAGGCAGAGAUCAAGAAGAAGGACGAAGAGCUCCAGCGGUCCAAGCUGGUUAAUGGGGCUGCAGAUGUGGAGGCUGGAUCAGGGGCCGCCAUGCCUCAGGGAAAGUGGCACAGCUUCAUUUCCCCCAUCUUCCUCCAGGCCCUCACCCUCACCUUCCUGGCAGAGUGGGGGGACCGCUCGCAGCUGACCACCAUUAUUCUAGCUGCGCGGGAGAAUCCAUUUGGAGUUGCAGUGGGUGGUACAAUUGGACACUGUUUGUGUACAGGACUGGCUGUGAUAGGGGGGAGAAUGAUCGCCCAGAAAAUAUCUGUCAGGACAGUUACAAUCAUCGGAGGGAUUGUUUUUCUGGCGUUCGCCCUCUCGGCCCUGUUCAUCAAGCCAGACGCUGGAUUGUAAUCUGACAAGACUUUCAGGUUUUCUCUGUACAUACAUGUAAAAUGUGGAGUUGCUGUAGACAGACUGUAGUUUUGACUCUGUGUGUGUGUGUGUCCCGACAGACGACGCGACGGGCUUAACAGAAAGCCAAAGUCCCGCCCUCUUCUCCUAGCGAGCCUCUGUUCCCCUGCAGUCCGUGUAACUCAACGGGUUUUCUCGUGGAGGUCGAUCACUUCCAAUGUUAUUUUUGAACGCCUCUGAACAGCCACACAGGCGUUUUUCAGUUCUUCUGGCUUGAUUAGACUCUUCUCAGGUUGAAGGUGGGCCGGAGCUUCGAUAGCUCCCAAAUUCUUUCAGCCAAUAAGGAUGAUAAAGGUGUCAUUUGUCCCGCCCUAACAGAUGCAACAACACUAAGGCUACGUUCAGACUGCAGGCAGUAAUGCUCAAUUUUUUUUUUUUGCCUGACUGAUUUAUUUAUUUUUAAGUGUGGCCCGCAUCAGACUCAACUGGGCAUGAUCUGACUGUCCAGACUGAGCUUGCAUUUAAGAAAGAAUCUGACCUGUAACGGAUUUGGAAAAGAUCGGAUGCCUUGUGCCUUGGGCUGUUCACACUGUAAUGACAAAAAAAAAUCAGAUCUGAGCAAAAAAAAAAUGGAUUUGGGUCACUUUGACCUGCGGUCUGAACGCAGCCUAAAAGUGGACUCGGGAAGAUGUCAAUCACUCAGUCUAACCCCGCCCACGCAGUCCUGGAAAAGGUCCAAUCAGCCACACCGACUCUAAACGCCUGUGUGGGGGUGUUCACAUCAAAGCCUCAGGGAGGUGAAGUAGUUGAAUGUCAACUAGUCCGUGUUUUCUCUCAAGUACAGAAGUUGGGUUGGCAUUGAACUCAAAGCAGAACUUCCCAUAAAGCCUCGAUGAGAAGACACCGUUGAGUUAGAGAGGCCGGCUGGGAGGGAGGGGCGGGACCGUAGCGCUCCAUCAGGGCUGCGUGCUCCUCACAAGGCGUGUGAGAGAAAGAAGGCGGGGCCGUUACCGACCGCCGCCCUCCAAGCCAUCUGUCAAAGGUUCAGGGGCUCGUAAACAGCCCCUGACGUGCUGUACUUCCCUCACACUCAGCCGUCUGCUAGACACUCAGUCCAGUUAAAAAAAAAAAAAAUCUUUGCCUUUCUUUCUUGUUUUUAAAUGUUAACGUCUUGUGACUGGUGUUACUUGGUUGGGUAACACUUUACUUGAAGGUGUCUACAUAAGCGUGACAUGACACUGUCAUGAACACAUGAACUCUAACCCUAACUUGUCAUGACACUUACUAAAAGAAGCGGUAUGUCAUAAACAUUCAUGACUUGUUUAUAGUGUUUAUGACAUGUUCAUGACCGUGUCAUGUCACUCUGAAACGUGCGGUAUACUAGCUGCAGCCGACCUGUCGAGCGCCAGUGUGACGUCACGGGAGCGCCGUAAAUACACCUAGCUGCAGUCUUCUCCGGAACAGAGGUGGCGCUAAUGAGGAAAGGCUACCGAAUUUGCUAAUUCUACGGACUAGAAGGAAAAAAAAAGGUGAACAACGGCAGAACUGGCAGCAGCAUUGACGUCAAUGCUUCGAUUUGAUUGGAUGACCUACUUGGUGGGAUCGAGCCUUUCAUUCACCAUAAAAGAACUCCUCUUAACCCAGUAAGUUUACAAGAGAGAAAUGCAGUCACUCAGAGUCCUCGCAACUGGUUACGCUCGAGCUCGUUCAGGCUUCCGGUUUCCGCUUUGUCGCGCGCCGCAAAAUCCUGGCGCGCCAGCGAGAUCUACGUCGCGCGCAAGCUCGGAUGCGUCGACUGUAAAACGGCCCUUGUGUAGAUACCUUCAAGUAAAGGGUCACCCUUGGUUGUUUAUGACAUCUUCCUCUCUGGGUGACCUUUUCUGCCCCACUAUAUUUAAAUCCCAUAAUAAGCGGGCCUAGUUUACGUAAGAUUUAAAAUUUCCCAGUGUGAGGAAGAACACAAAAAACCAGCACUGACAGUUUUUUGAGAUCUGAUUUAAAUUGAGAUUUUAUUUAAAGGGAUACAUCACAGUUUGUUGAAAUAGGGCUUAUCACGGUCUCCCCUAGCUGUAGAUAGGGGGGGCCAACGCAUUUUUUUGUGCAUGCAAUGUUUUAGUCCGGCGCAACACCGGCAGUGCCGCCGCUAGUUAGCUUAGCGUAGUGAAUGGAAUCCUAUGUUGCCGGCUAGCAUGUAAAAGUGAGCUAACAAAAUAAAAAACCUAAUUACAUGCACUGAGACAAAAAAAAUGCAUUGGCCCACCUAUCUACAGCCAGGGUAGACCGUGAUAAGCUCUAUUUCAACAAACGGUGGCGUAUCCCUUUUAAGGCAGAGAUGUCAUCAAUAUAGUUCCUUCAGUUAACCCUGCGUUUCACAUAGGAGCAGUCUUUUGAGGAGACGGAGACGUAAACCACUAGAAAACCUCUGCGUCCAGGUGGAGCCAAGCCUACAGUAUGUCGGAGUAUCUGUAUAGGGCCAGUGCCCAGAGAACUACAAAACGGCCUAACACGGUUUACAUGCACCUCCUCCUUAAAAAUCCCACGUUGGAGAUGUUGACUGAUCCCGGUGCUUCAUAUGUACUGGUUCUAGUUUCAGGUGCCGAUAGUGAACAAAACAUGGAUCGAGUUGAAGAAAGGCCAGUAAUCCCCUCUACAGGUUGUCCCACACACGUUAACUCCUCCUCGGCGAUUAAAGCCAUUACGUACGGACCGGCAUGGACCUCGCUGCCUCUGUCGUUUCGCAAAAUCAAUGCUUGAUCAUCGGGUACAAAAUAAAUCGGUCACCACAAAUACUACUGUCAUUUAUCGUACUACAACUCUCCAGUACAAGUCACUACCUUUGCCAUAAGCAGCCGUGUUGUAGCUACAGCGACACCUGGACACGGCAAUGGAAUUCAAGCCUACGUUUCAUCUUUUUUAUUUAGUGGCAUCUAUUUAUUUAGCUUCAUUUUCUUUCCUUUUUAAGCUAUAGUACUGUAGAAACAUAAAGGGCGCCAUAAGCAGAGGACUGGAACGGAGGAAAGGAAUGGAAAUAUAUUUUUUAACGUGAACAGACUGAAGCUGCAUUGUCAAUAUUUGACAGGCUGUGCCCAGCUGUGAAAUAUUUGUGUUUGUGAUACAGGUCGGUUGAAAUGCCUAUAAAUCUAAAACACUCAAUAAAAAAUGUGUUGUCUGAUUUCCAGACCAAAUGA